UCGAUGGAGUGAAGACGUAUGUUGUGAAUUUGAUUCCCUAUUAUUUCGCCUGCCGUCAUCAAAAAAAACGGUCUGAUGUAAAUAAACUAGUUUGAAAAAUUCUUUUUACUUUACAUUUAGGUAGAGUUAGUGAAUUUUUCCUAGAGUUUAAAUGUAGAAAUAGUAGGAUGUUGCUUGAACAUUUAUUGGUGCCUGUGAUCUGCCUUGGAAUAGAAGUAUUUGGACGAGUGUUGGGUGACGAAGUGGAAAUAAGGCAAGUGGGAACAGACAAGGGUACGGAAAAUGUGACCAUUCCCUGUGGUAGUGAGCCCCUGAUGCCGGCAGUCAACGUCCAGUGGGUCUAUAGAGGGAAUCGCACGCACCAUGAAGUUCUGGCGGAUGGCAGCUUACUUCUUGCCCUGGUGGGAGUGGAAGACGAGGGCCUGUAUGAGUGCGGAGUAGAGAAUGAAACUUCCUUCGUCGAUAGAGUAAACGUCACAGUCAGAACGGAACCACCACCGUUAGUGAACGUGACAGUCCACGCGUCAACAAUCCUGGCCAUCAUUUUGUGGAACGUGGCUGGUGACGGUGGACAUCCAAUCAUUGACUUCACAGCGCAGUACCGCUCCGCGAUGCCAGUUAAUGGCACGUUGGAGGCCUGGAAACCUAUCAGCCCUAAUCAUAUAAGCCCUAACUCUCGUCAAAUAGACGUUUACCACUUGGAGCCGAAUGCCUCAUAUUGGUUCAGGGUAUGGGCUAACAACGUGUUGGGGCCUGGGCCGCCUGUCGAGGUUCUUGCCACCACCCUAUACAGCGACCAGGAAGCUGAACUUUACAAGCACUUCCUGGAAGGCGCUGAGACGUUCGACACGCGGACGUGGGUGGCUGCGGUGUGCGUAGUGAUGGGCACUUUAGCCGUCCUGGCAGCAGGAACAUGUGCAGUUUUGUGCCGCGAGUGGCGACGCUCAGAUUACUCAGAGGAGCAAGACAUAAUAGAACUUGUGCCUAACAUUAUACUUAAUCCUGGCUUCAUGGAGACUGAUCCAGUGAGGCCCAAAGAGCAAAUCGUCAAGUCGGCGGAAUGUCCGGGCCCCGGUAAACCCAGACGGGUUUGAUUUUCGUCUAUCUUGAACCUUAGGAUAUUCUAUCUCAGUGAUCCUGGCCUGUUGUCAUGAUCCUAGAUUUGAUUGAUUUUUCUUAGUAACUAAACAAAUAUUUGGCCGCAUUUUGCCGCCGCAGUUUUUAUUAGUAUAGUUUGUUUAGUUAGGGUACCUAUAGGAGAACACAUCUGUGCCUCCUAGACAGGAGAUAAACCUGCUAUUUAACUAGGAUUUUAAAGAUCUGAAAUGAUACUCUCUAGGUAAGGUUUAAGGGAUAUUAUUUCGGGUGUCACAAGUUAAUAAUAAAUGUUCCCAAUUCUAUUCAAAAACUUUGUACUUCUCAAAAAAAUUACCAGUUUGGGAAUUUGUUUAGCUUGAAGAUUUCAAAAGUACACCUUUUUUUUGUUUUGACGGCUUCGUGUUUUACGCUAACCUAAUGCACGAGACGCCGCGUAUAAAAUUAAAAGAGUGUCCAGAGAUUGGCAAGGGUAAUUGUGGACAUAUCAAAAUUGUAAUGAAGAUAGAAUAUUCUAUGGUUUGUAAAUUUUAUUGUAAUUCAUUUUUACGAUAAACGAGCUACAUUUUUAAUUGCCAAUAUACAAUUACUGUGAAAUAUUAAUGUCAAUGAAGUUAACAGUCAAUUAUUUUUCGAUAUAGCAACACGUUGGGGUGUUAAAAAUGUAACUCGAAUAGGCUUAGCUUAACCAACUGAGAGAGAAAUAGUGUUUUAAGUGUUUACGUAUUGGAGUUGCCAUGUGAAGCUUCAUAGUUGAUAUUUAAGGUACGGAAAGCCUGCUUUUGUAUUUAAUGGCAACUCCAAAACAAUUUUGUAGGAAUAUUGCUUACCGUUCGCAAUAAAUUGUUAAUGUUGCUAGCUGUGUAUAUAUUUAAAUAGUGAUAUUGCGUUAUAUAUAACUGUAUGUGGAUCUCAAGAUUGCGAUGAUUUCGUGAUUUUUUACUGUGAUUAUUUUCCUUACAAUUUGCACUAUUAUUUAUAAAAGAAUGUGUGUUGUAUAUUUUUGUAUGUUUGUUGUCGAUGGCAAAUAAAAUUGCGGUUUAGCUGUGUCCUAUUAACAAGAUGGCAUUAUGAUUAUUUUUUACAACGCCAUCUGUUAUCUAUUUGAAUUUAAUCAAGGCUACGAAUCAUAAAUCAGCAAUCUUAUAUUGAAUCAAUUAUGUAAAAAGCUAAAUUGUGGUAUAUUGUUAAAGUAUUAUAAAGCAGUAUUUUUGUACACAUCAGCAUAUCACAAGCGCCUUAGAGAGAAAAUAUAUCAAAUUUAACCUUAUCUUACGAAAUAUGUACUGUUAACAAAGUCUAAGGAUCUGAGUUUACUAAUUACUAGUACUACGACAAAGAAAUUAAUGGUUUUACAAGUUUAAUUUGGUUUCUGAAAAUUUCAGCAAUAUGAGAUGCAGUUUAAGCGAGAUCUUCGAAAAGUUUAUUGCUACAUCUUAGAUUUAGUCAUCUGGUCCAUCAAUCAAGUUAAUCUUUAUUUGAAACUGAUCCAUCAUGCAGUUAACGGUGCAUAUUUUUGUAUUAUUAUAUCGACUGUCAGAGUUUUGCUAUUACCUUAAUAAUAAUAUAAUCAAAAAUUGAUUUUGAUUAAAUUCCCCUAAAUUAUCUUAUGCAAAAAUGCUUUAUUGCCAUCUUUUAAAUUGUACCUACGAAAUUGCAAUAACUUAUCAUUACUAUUACACCAUCUAUUAACCAAUUUAUGUAGUAUUCUACUUUUCGCAUCAAAAUCAUAGAUGGCGUUAUGCAUAAUAAUUUUAACCCGUGUCUAUCACUACUUAAAUGAGAUUAACAGUUUAUUUUUGUAUGAACGUAAUAAAAUGUUAGCCGUUGAAACUUAAAUGUACAUUGGCUAAGUGCUUUUAUUAGGUUAGAUUUAAGGUUAUAUCAAAAGGUUGUUUGGUGAUAUUUGUUACUCGGACUUUGUAUGGUAUUAGAAUGUGGCAGAUUUGUUAUGAAUAUGUAAUUUAACUUUAAGUGGGACUCCAGUCAAAAUAAUAUAUCAUAGUAUUAUGUCGAUAAUGACAAACUGUCAAAGAUAUUUGCGUAACACAAUUAAUUUCCAAAGUGAGUCAUCCUUAAGUGAAAUAAUAAAUAUCAAUUUAUACAUGCCUUAGAUUAAAACAUAUAUUUAUUUUGACUGGUCGUUAGGUAUAUUAGUGCACGUAGGAUAGCCCGAGAGUCAAGACUGGGUGGAAGGUGGUCGGUGACACCGCUAACUUGAUUUGUUACUCUAAAAAUGUGACUAUAUCCUGAGUCCUAUUUUCUCAGUAUUUUGCAUACCUUGUUGAGUACUGACACAUAGAUGGCGCUGUUAUUAAUGCUUAUAAAAAUUUAGAUGCUUGUAGCGAGUUGAAAUAUUUUGUGUAAAAUGAUUUUAUAACUGAAAUUAGAAUUUCUUUUAGGCACUAUAAUAGUCUGAUAUAAUGGUGGCAUGUUGCAUGAAUUUCGCUUUACAGCUAUAUACACUAGUAUUUUCAUAUAUUUUUAUUGCUUGUACUAUGCUUAGCCAAAGCCAUAGCCGUAAGAUCUAAACCCACAGUGUUCAGUGUCGCUAUUAACUAAAAUAUAUUAUGAAAACUUGUUUGACUUUAUAUUACUGAUUUUCUUGGGUAAAAUUUUUUCAUCAGAUGCUUUUAAUAAUGUUUUAUUGAUAAAUUUUCAAAGCAUAAUAUUUGUUUCACGUUAUGCUGUCUCAUUCAUAUAUCAUCUAGAUAAGUGUGGCUUUAUGCUAUUGCACGAUGUUAAUAAAGAUUGCGCUGUGAUGUUAUCGGAAUAAUAAAUGGUAAAAUUUAGUACGUUACGUUGGCAACAUUGAUAUAAUUUUUUUUACAUAUAACUGUGAACAUUCCAAACGUCAUUCCCUUCAAUAAAAAUCAGCUAGUUCACUCACCAAAUCUCUAUACUUUAUAUUAAAGUAAUUUUAGGUUAAGAUUGCCUUUUAUAAGCACGUCCAUGGUAAGGGCAGCGAAUGUAUGUUAUUUUGCCUUAACUAAAUUCUUAAGGCUAUGUUACCAAAAUAUUUUAUUGAUUGGCAAUAUUUUUCUAAGUAAUCUUAAGAAUAAUGUUAGUACGGACCGAAUGAGAAAGGCAGAUUAGUAAUUAGUCGGUCCUUAACACGACGUUGUUAAUGGUAUUGUAUUUAUUCUAUAAACAUAGAGAAUAGUAGUAAAAAAAACUACAUUUAAAAAGCUAAACAGAAGUCGGAGUCCUUCUUAUAUUGACUUUUGUAAAAUUCGCAUUAGACUACCUCAGGAGGAAGGGCAGUCUAGGAUCAGGAGCUGUCAAAACAUUUUUUCUGUUUGAAGUUUGGCAUAUUUGACAGCGACUAAGAUGAUAUUGUAACUUGGAGUACGAAUUAAAAUAUGGACUAAGAUUCAGAGACAAGCUUAUAUGCAAACUCAUUCGUCUGUCUAAAUUCUAUGUUCAUUUGACAAGUGGUGGAAUUUGUUUCCUAUGACACUUGUCUCUUAAUACUAUUUCUGUAAAAACGAAUAUUGUUACGCUGUCAAAUAUGAAAUUUUUAGUACAGAUUCCAUAGUGAAAAUCAAUGACCCCGUGUCAUUAACGUCUUAAGCACGUAUUUUACACAAUCUAUUCUCUGUGUCUAUAGUUUUAUCCAUAUAAUCUAUAGUGCGAAUUGAUUUGUGUAUUGCACUCUUUUAAAUGAAGUAGACUGACAAAUCUCAUUUUCUGUCUUCCUGUUUCGGGUAAUCCUAAUAGUUAUAAGCUUCAAGUACCGUUAAUACGCGAAUAGACGCUUUACUUGUUAAAUCGGAUAUGACGUAAUAAUGUGAUCAUUCAUCUAUGGAACACCAUAGACAAUUGAAAGUAGAGAAUAGAUACACAUUAUCAUAAUAAUAAGUACGUAAGUAAUCUGUGAUCAAUGCGGAAUUGUCUAUGGUGAUCACUUUCCAACGAAUGACAAUUUUUAUAAGCAGGUGAGCAAGGAUGUUUAUUAGGUUAAUACAUAUUAUAACGUUUUUAGUGCUAAACGAAACAAGUCGCUUCUUUGUGAUUAAUAAACAGCGUAUAAGAACGAAUCAUAGUUACGGUUAUGUAAGAAUGUAAAAAAAAUACAAAACGAGGGCGCGUUCCUCUUGAUUGUAAUGUUUCCGUACUGCGUAUCUAUGAUUGGGUUGGAGACUAUUCAAACGCAAAAUCAAAACGCGACAUCGUUUCCUCUACCACCUAACGCCCACUGGAUAU